AUGAAUCUUUCCUUGGGGUAUUUGUUGGUCGAACACAUUGUCAAAGUCAUUGUUGCUAUCAUGGCAGAAGCAUUAGAAGAUUUGGAGAGAAGCGAGUUGGAGAAUGCCGCGGAAGUUCCGAACAUGGACAAUAAUAUGACAACAUGUACUUGUCGUGGCAUCUGUAUGCGUGAGAGAGGGAGAAACUUCUGUCCGUGCAAAAGUCUUGGCAGUUUUUGCUCUAGUUCGUGCCACGGCGAUAAUUUCGGUCGUUGCAUGAAUAGCAGGAGAGCUCAAGAGAGCGACAGUGAUCAGACGGUAAGUUCGUAUUUCUAUUCUGCACGUACGUUAUGUGCUGAACUUGCGAACAUCGUAUCUUGUUUACGCAAAAUAUUACGGCCUAAGCAAUGUAUGUUAUUUGAGAUAGUAUAUUAUGUUGUUCAUCUGAUUGUUCACAUCCUAAUCAAUGAGAAUGAUCAAUUAUUAAAGUGACCUUUUCAUGUGAUAAUUAGCAAUUUAUUUCAGUUUGUGUUUGCAAUUGAAGAAUUGCUGACAUAUUGGGCCAUUCCGAUUUAAUAUAGGCACCCCCCUAUUGAGGGUCUGGAAAUCCUAUGGGAGGGGAGGGUUUUUUUAAAAUUUCCUAGAGGGUAGCUUAAGAAAUUUUCAAAAAAAUAGCAAAAAUUAGGUGUUUUAUGCAUAUCCAAGGGGGUAAAAACGAUAUCCUAAAGAGGGUAUAAAGAAAUCCAUGGGGUAACUUCCAAAAAUCUCAUCCAAGGGGGUUCUAAAAUUUUUAUAUCCUAAGGGGAUUAUGAAAGGACCCCUCAAUAUGGGGGGUGCCUAUAUUAAAUGGAAUGGCCCAUUGCUCCCUUUCUUUAAUACUCUUCUAUUUUUAGGAUUCAGAAUCAUCCAUGGAGGAAAGUGAGGAAGAGGAUGUAGGAAGGCGAGGUCGUGGCAGAGCUAGAGGCAGGGGGAGAGGUCGUGCCAGGGGGAGAGGGCAACAGAGAGGUGGACGUGGAAGAGGAAGGCGUGGAGGACGUGGAAGGGGGCAACUUGUUGAGGAAGAGCAAGAUGCUGAAAAUGUAGCAUGGCGAAUUGCCAGGUGGGAAUGCACCACCUCAACCAGAUCCGGAACCAGUUGA